GCGGAUUACCUCUCGGAAGAUUUUCUUUCUUCAUCGAUCAAGGAGAAGUCUGUUCAAGACGUAGCCAAAAUGUCGGUUAUUGGAUUGGACCUGGGAAACCAGUCCUGCUUUGUCGCAGUCGCUCGAGGAGGUGGCAUCGAAACUGUUGCGAAUGAAUACGGCGACAGAAGCACUCCGUCUAUUGUAUCACUUGGCCCAAAGCAGCGCUUCAUUGGCUCUGCCGCUAAGCAGCAGGUUGUCACUAACUUCAAGAACACCGCUACAAACUUCCGCAAUUUGCUGGGUCUGAAGUUCUCCGAUCCUGCUGUUACGCAUGAACUCCGCUUCUCCCAUUUCAGCGCUGAAGAGACUCAGGAUGGCGAUGUUGGCAUUCAUAUGAAAUAUCUUGGUGAAGCGUGCAUUUUCAAGCCAGAACAAGUUGUUGCCAUGCUUUUGACUCAGCUGAAGAAAGUCGGAGAGAUGAACCUCAGCGGGAAAGUUAGCGAUUGCGUCAUCUCAGUACCGUGCUUUUUCGAUGACCGCCAACGGAGGGCUUUGUUGGAUGCAGCUGCUACCGCUGGUCUCAACUGCCUGCGCCUUAUGAAUGACACUACUGCCACCGCACUCGCUUACGGUAUCUACAAGCAGGACCUUCCUGCACCAGAGGAGAAGCCGCUUAAUGUUGUGUUUGUUGAUAUGGGCAAUUCUGCUCUAAGGGUCACUCUUGCCUCUUUCAUCGAAGGCAAACUCAAGGUCUUGGCCACUGCAUGGGACUCCAAGCUUGGUGGCCGUGAUUUUGAUGAGCGCAUCCAGAAACACUUCAAUGAGGAAUUCAAGAACAAGUACAAGGUUGAUGCGUCGACAAAGCCUCAACCCCGAAUUCGCCUCAGCCAGGAGAGUGAAAAGAUCAAGAAGCUGAUGAGUGCAAACACCACCCCCAUCCCUAUGAACAGUUACAUCGAGUGCUUUAUGGAUGACAAGGAUGUCACUGCCAAAAUGAAGCGCUCUGAAAUGGAAGAGUUGUGUGCCGACUUGCUUGCACGCCUGGAGGUUCCCAUGAAGAAAGUCCUCACCGAUUCUGGCCUUAGCACAAAGGACUUGUACUCAGUCGAAGUUGUUGGUGGCUCUACACGCGUGCCUGCUGUUCGUGACGCCAUCAAGCGUGUGUUUGGCUUGGAGCUCAGCACCACACUCAACCAGGAUGAGGCUGUUGCCCGUGGAUGCGCCCUUCAGUGUGCGAUGCUCUCACCAACAUUCAAGGUGCGAAUAUUCAAGGUGGAGGACGUCGUCAGUUACCCAAUCCGCUUGACAUGGAAGCCAUCUUGCGAGGAAGAGCAAGAAGAGAUGGAUGUGUUCCCUCCUCGUCAUACCUACCCCUUUUCGAAAAUGCUUUCUUUUUUCCGCCGUGAGCCAUUCUUCAUCCAUGCCCAGUAUGCUGAUGGAGGACACACUGACCCUAACAUAGGUAAGUACACCAUCGCCAAGGUUGUCCCUACUUCAGAGGGAGACGCCUACAAAGUCAAGGUUAAGAUCCGCGUAAACAUCCAUGGUAUAUUUAAUGUCACGUCCGCCGUUCUUGUGGAGAACAUCACGAUUGAGGAGGAUGCAUCUGGAAAUAGUGAUGAUUGGUUGAAAAAGUUCUGCAGUGAUCCACCCAAGAAGAAGGUCAAGGUCAAGUUACAUGACUUGCCUAUUGAUGCACGCGUGGAAGGUGGUAGCACGCACGAAGCACUCACACGGCUCAUUGAACGUGAGAAUGAAAUGAUUUCACAGGACCGGCUAGAGAAGGAACAUGCCGAUGCCAAGAAUGCUGUAGAAGAGUAUGUAUAUGAAAUGCGGGAGAAGACUAGUGGCGGGUUGGCUAAAGUUCAGCAGGUUACCUCGGGCACAGUGGCCAAGAAAGCUGCAGUCUAUCACGGAGCACUGCACAAGCAUUACACCGCUGUGCAGAGAAGCCUGGAGAUUAACGUGAUGGACUGUGUCAAGAGUUUGCGUGCUGAGGGUCACAUCAAUCACGACUGUGUGAAGGAAACGCGGGCAGUGAUGAAGACAAGUGGACACACUGAAGCUCUGGAUCACCUGUGCUAUGUGCUGGAGGAGCUGUCGGACGAAGGCAUGUGCUACUUUGUGGAGCGUGUGCUACCAUUUCAAGGUCUGUCUCAGCUGGUGGAAACAUUCCAAACUUGUCCCGGUCCUGGAAAGUGCACUCUGAACCACCAUGAUCUCCACACUGCUCCCAGUGCUGAUGUCAAAGGGAAAGUGUUGGAUGAAGUUGACAAUUCCAGUGCUACUUCUUCUAAACUGAAAGACAAGGUGCAAACUGGGAUGUCUGAGCUUCACCAGGAAGUACUGCGUUCAAGCUAUGUGGAGUUGAAGUGUAGUUUGGACGUAGAAGAGGGCAUUCUGGACCGUCUCUAUGCAGAGAGCAUCAUCACCCAGCGCUUCUGCAAGAAACUCCGUGCUAUGGAUGAUCGUGAAGAUCAGGCAUCUGUCUUUUUGGAAGCACUGCCGGGCUGUGGCAAGCAGGCGUUCCGUCAGUUUGUGUCUGCUCUGAAAGAAAGUGAGAAGCUGGCCCACCAGGAGCUUGCUGAUCUCCUCCAGUUGAAGCUACUGGAGAUAUCCUCUAAGUCGACGAAGACGAACGAGGAGGCCCCUUUCGGUACCCCUGACGGGAAGGAGAACUGCAGAAGUCGACGAAGUGGAACGAGGAGGCCCCUUUCCGUACCCCGUACCGCAAAGUGCCAUUGAUGAAUGUCUUCUGCACCUGGAACGCCCCGGAAACGCUGUCGCGUAGGCGGACUGAAUGCGCAGGGCAAAAAGAAUUGCUGCAAAGACGUCCGCUUUAGGCCUUUGGAGACAUCGUGGGAACUCCUUCCGGCACCCCCGUACCGCAAAGUGCCAUUGAUGAUCGAUGAAUGUCUUUUGCAAGUGGAACGACCCCGUAAACGCUCGGCGGGCUGAAUGCGUAGGACAAAAUAUAUUGCUGCAGAGAAGUCCGUUCUAGGCCUUUGGAGACAUGGUGCGAACUCCUUCCGGUACCCCGUACCGCAAAGUGCCAUUGAUGAAUGUCUUCUGCAACUGGAACGGCCCCGUAAACGCUGUCCCGUCCGCCGACGAAAAAUAUUGCUGCAAAGACGUCCGCUCUAGGCCUUUGGAGGCAUCGUACCCCGUCCCGAAAAGUGCCAUUGAGAAAUUAAUGAGAAUGCACUGACCUGACGCUGUGACGGGGAGGAGAACGGCAGAAGCGGACACAGACGAACGAGGAGGAAUCAGGACGAGCGAGCAAUGGCAGGACUGUAAGUAAUAGCUCAAUUAGAAAUGAGAACUUGACAUUCAUGGCACUUGCCACUGCAUAUUUCUUGUCCACUCACAAUGUCUUUCCUCUGCCCCUGUCUGCCCACGGCCCUGUUGCUGCACUGGCCCGAUGAAUCGAAUGUCUCCUACAACUGGAACGGGCCCGUAAACUCUGUCGCGUCGGCGGACUGUAUGCACAGGACGAAAAACAUUGCUGCGAAGACGUCCCCUAUAGGCGACGGUAUAUCAUCCUGUGACGACCACAUUGAAGUCUGAAUUUGAAGUGUGAAGAUGCUUCAGCAACCACAGCGUACUUUUCCAUUGCUUUCAUUGUGCUUCUACUGUGCAUGUGUGUAACUUUGCUGGUGGACCCACCAUGAGCUGCUAUGUACCCACAAUGAGCUGUAUCAGUGAAUGGUGUGUGCAGACGCUACUGAACGGUCGUAAUGUUUCUGAUCAAGUGUGUUCAGGUAUUCCAAGACCUUUUCCAAUUGUGAUUUUUAUUCUGUUUUGAGAUUUUGUCUGGCAUUCUAACUGAUGUAGACAUUAUUGAAUUACACUUUCCUUCAUGCUGUAUUACCGCUAGAAUUAAUUGCUCACUGAAAUGGUUGAAAAUGCAAGUUAGUGUAAUGAAAUUCACACUCUACUGCACUGCUAGUUUGUAUUUGCUAUCUAUAAUGUGUAUGCUUUGCUUUGUUGCACGGAAACGUGAUCCCUUUUGGGAUACGUUUUGAGCUGCUCAGAUUUUCUCAAGAGCCUAACUGUUGGUGCCUUGAUAUAUUAUGAAUUUAUGAUUCUACAAGUUUAUUGAUUUUAAAACCUUUUAUGCGGUUUCUUUGCGUAUGAUUCGAAUUUGCAAGCGUACAGUAUGUUUCAUGAUUUCAAUACUAUCGGAUAUCCUUGAUUCACCUUUCCUUUUAGCAGAGCUUAUAGUUUUUCUCUCUCUUGAGAUUAGCCUUUGUUCUUUCUGCGCUAGCAGUCUGAGUAGCCGAAAAAUGUACUCAGCGGCACAUUCAUGUUUGAAAGUUGCAUUGCCUGAGAUUAUGGAGAGUUACUCGGA